UUUGCGAUUGUAGCAGGCGGACGGCUGCUCGUUCCCGUAUUUUGUAAAAAAAGAAUAAAAUAAGACGAAAGAUGAUAUCGAUUGCAACUCAAUAGCGUUACCAAAAUAAUUAUUUUUUGGGAUGCCCUGAAGUAUUCUGAAUUUCUUCUUUCAAGUCUACACACGGUUUGAAGAUGGCUAAAGAAAUGAUGAUAGUGUUUGUGUACGACACACAGUGCUGCAUGUCUGAGGAAGAUGACCCGAUAGAUGCUGUGCUCUACUUCCAUCCCGGCUGGGUGUCGGAUGCUCAGCGGCAUGCACUUGCGGGACAAGUGGUGGGCACAGCACAUUGCGUCAAGUCACUGUUCUCGCAGCCGGUUGCUAUCACGCUGCAGAGUGGAAAAUUCAUCAUCAGAGAAUAUGGCAGGUAUAUCCUGGCCAUAGGCAGCGACCGCAACAUUCCGGACUGGGUGCUAAAAAACAGAGCGAACCUCCUCACAUCCAUGAUCUCCGUGUACCACGGCGACCUGGAGUGCCUCGCAACGCAGAUGGAGGACCCGAAGCGACUCGCCGAGAAGCUGUACCAGAUAUUCGAGACCUAUCUCCCGGUACUGCAAUAUGGUUGCCAUAUUUUCCAGAGGGUACCUAUGCUCACGCUACCGAAGAGUGCUACGUCGGUUUACAUGGAGUCCAUGCAGAUCCUGGAGCAUUGCCGCAAAAGCAAAGGCGUUUUGGGCGGCGUCAUUCUGUACAAUAACAAGAUCAUAUCGACCCAACUGCCCCCUAGCCUGACGUCUUACCUGACCGUCGUGGACCCGUACAGGAUAAAAUCCCCAGCUUUCCCCCUAGCUGAGGCCCCGCCAUUACCAUUAGGGGCACAGUUGUUGGUCGUCUACAUAGCCAGGAAUGCUUACCAUAGACUGAAGAAAGAGGCGACCAUGCAGCAGGAAUUCCACGAGCGAGGGGAGGAAAUUAUUGCCAAGUUGAAAAAGAAUCAAGAAGCGGAGCGCGAGAAACCGCGAGAAUUUCCCCAAGGCGGCAUGAAGAGGGACAAAUCCCUCCUCUUCACCGCCGUACCAGAGGAAGACCACAACAUGAUCUCCCCCCCUAACCGGGAGGAGCCGAACCAGGAGCGGAAGCCCCCCACCAUGCCCGACGUCGUCCCAUUCACAAACAAACCGCGCCAAAGACCAAACAAACUAUCACUCAGCUUCAAAAACCAAAAAUCCUUAGACGAAGACCCGAAAGACGAAAAAGUCUUCACAGGGCAGACCAGCGUUUGCUCCACACCAAUGGUUGAAUACAAAAGACUACACGGAAACAUACUAUCUAUAUGUCAAAACCCUGAUGCACAUGAGAAACAGGAGACCGAACCUGACGUCCUGAAGAACAUAGAAGAUGCCAAAAUCAAUUUGGAGAACGAGAAACGCGACAAUAAAAUCGUACUAGACAUGAACUGCAUCGCCGACCACUACAUCAAUAAACCCGAACCAAUGAGAAAGCUGGCGAGCGUCACAGACCUACAGGACUCUAUAAAGAGGAAUUUAAACAGAGCCACGUCGAAAUUCAAGUUAAAAAAAUUCAUAGCAGAUUUAAACGAUGACACGUCGCCAGCAGAACAAAAACCAUUCAGUUCUAUGACUAUAAAUGACCCUCUGUUCCCAGUAUUUAGGAAUGACGGUGUGGCGAUAUCAGAGUCUUUAUUUAAUCAAUAUUUAGAGCAGCAUUAUACGAGAAUGCACGAAGAAUCGAAAGGGGACAAUAUGUUUACGUUUAAUAAGAAAAUUUGCGAGCAAGAGAAGUUUGAAGACUUCGAUUCGGAGUUGAAUAAGUCUCCGCAACGUACGCCAAAGAAAAUACCAAAAGAUUCGACGAAAACCAUACCAACAGACCAAUCUAGAAGGAAGUCGUUGUCUUUGCCUUUGAAAUCCUUGUCAGAAAGUUCCGACUCUCAAAUUGGUUCGGAUUCUGAAGGGACCAGUUUUAAAAAGAAGUUGACUGGAGUGCAGCUGACCCCGUUAAUGGAAAAGCUGAGUCAUCUGGCGUUUUCUGACAAGUCUAGUGGGUACAGCAGUAGGGUGAUGACGCCGUUGGAGCUCAGGGAGUUUUUGACACCCGCCGCGGAGCGACAAGUAACAUUUUCUGACAGACCAAAACCCCAACGCCAAGAAUCCGACAGCGAUUCUGAUAGCGAAGAUCUAGAUCUCCUUCCAGAAUACAGCAAACACGCGGAGAAAUGUGCGCUAUUCGUCAGCGGACUGCACAAUAUGGCGUUGCUAGUCCUACUCGAUAUAGAAGCCGCGUUGGAUGCCGAAAUCAUCAACUCUUUAUGGGAAACGUCCCUAAAUACCCUGGGGCCAAUCGAACAAAAAUGCAUGGAGCCGCUGAGCGCGGGCGACGAGGUGACGGACUACAGCUACCUGGCGCUGGACCCGGACUGGGGCACGGUCAAGAAGGGGGGGCCGUGGCCCGCGCUAGACAUAGCCACCAUGGGCUUCAUUCACAACGAGUUUGCGGAGGACCCAGAGUUGACAGAAUUGAUUUUGAGGAGCGAGUCGAGCGUGGUGGUGGGCAACAGCUGCGGCGGCGCGCAGGUGCUGUACGCGGAGCGCGGCGCGCGCGGCGCGGGGCCGCCCGCGCCCGGCGACGCGCUCGCGGCCGCGCCGCUGCGAGCGCGGCGUCGCCUCGCGCGCGACCACGCCAUCCUGCUGCUCUAGGCCGCGCGGGGCCGCUACAUUUUCUAAGUAAAGUGGAAAAGUUCGGAAAUCGAAAUCGGUUAAAACCAGUACAAUUUCUCUGCGAAAGCGGACCAUGUUUAAACGGGGUUCUUAACCAUAUGCAUACCAAAAUUUAUCAAAAUCGGUUCAGCUGUGAAAGCGGUACAGACAUUCACAUUUAUUCUAAAAUGCUCGCGUACACUAGUUUUUCUUGGUCUCGUGGUGAGAAAUCUAAGUUAAAUGAAAAAUUAUUUAAAGCCAUGAAUUAUGUUGAUCCCUCGCAACAUAAGAGACCCACUAUAAAAGAUUGUGAGAAACCCAAUUCGAGAAUUAAUGUUCUUCGAACUGAUUUAAAAUAUAUAUUAUAAUUAUAGCUUCAGGCCGUCGGCUUUUUGGUCGGAAAAUCAAGGAUGGAGGACGGAAAAUGAUGUGUCGUAUAAUAUUUGUAUUAACUGUUAUAUGGACUGUUAAGAAAGUAAGGUAUAAUACAAUGUGUAAUGUAAAGCAUUAUAUUGAUACCGGUAACUUAUGACGUUAAUAAAGACACGUGUCGUCAACGACUGUCCCACUUACCGCGGACUCUAAGAUAUUGUCUAUGGCAGGAUGAAACAUUAAAAUCUUAUUAUGCAUUGGUGAUAUUUAUUCAAAUGUACAAUCAAAUGUUGAAUCCACGAUGAUUUAAUCUUUUAAAUAAGUGUCAUUAGUGGUUAGGCUGCGAAAAGUUCUUAUCGUAUUUCAGCUAGUUAACACACAUUUAUUGAAGUGAUUUUUAUUGUAAUAAUUGCCAAAUCACUUUCUAUAUUUUACCAUUCUAAUCUGUCGGAUGGCCCCAGUUAGCUCUAUCCAAUACUGUGAAACACAAUUUUUUGUAUGUUACUUUUAGACUAUCUAAUACUUAUUAGGAAGCGGUUAAACAGGCUUAAAUGUGCUAAAAUAUUGAUUUAUAGUGUAUAUUUCAAUAAAAAGACGAAGAUAUGCAAACUUUCAAGUACCUAAACAAACGCAUUAUAGGACAUAAUAAGUAUCUUUUGAGUGGAUUAUUUCAAUAUUUUAUAAGAAUAGUAAUAUACGCAUAUGUAG